UCCUUAUUUUCGAAAAUUGGCUAUUGAAAUAUUUAGAUUUUCAACCCAAGAAAAUAAAUAAAAAUAAAUAAGAAAAAAUAAUAGGAGAAAAAGAAAUGGGAGUUCAAGAGAAAGACCCAUUAGCCCAAUUGAGUUUACCACCGGGUUUCCGGUUUUACCCGACUGAUGAAGAACUUUUAGUUCAGUAUCUUUGUAGAAAAGUAGCUGGUCAUCAAUUUUCUCUUCAAAUUAUUGCUGAAAUUGAUCUUUACAAAUUUGAUCCUUGGGUUUUACCUAGUAAGGCUUUGUUUGGAGAAAAGGAAUGGUAUUUUUUCAGUCCAAGGGAUAGAAAGUAUCCAAACGGGUCCAGACCCAAUAGGGUAGCUGGAUCCGGGUAUUGGAAAGCUACUGGAACUGAUAAGGUUAUUACAACCCAAGGAAGGAAAGUUGGUAUUAAGAAGGCUCUUGUGUUUUAUGUUGGUAAAGCGCCUAAAGGAACCAAGACUAAUUGGAUUAUGCACGAAUAUCGUCUUACUGAACCUACCCGCAAAUCUGGUAGCUCCAAGUUGGAUGAUUGGGUGUUAUGUAGAAUUUACAUGAAAAAUUCCAGUGCGGCAAAGCCUACAAUAAUUAAGGAGCACAGCAUAGGAGGAUCAUCAUCAUCUUCAUCAUCACAUCUUGAUGACGUGUUAGAAUCUUUACCCGAAAUUGAUGACCGUUCAUUUGCCCUUCCACGUAUGAACUCGUUAAAAAAUAAUGUGGGCCAAGCCCAACAACAGCCACAAAGUGACAAAUUUACCCUUCAACAAUUCGGGUCGGGUAGUUUUGAUUGGGCUGUAUUAGCUGGGUUAACGUCAGUACCCGAAUAUACAUUUGUCGGGUCUACUCAGCCUCAAUCGAUACAAGUAAACAACAGUCGAAAUGACUUAUUUAUCCCUGCAUUGCCACCUUUAUCACACGUAGAAUCUCCGGUAGACACUAAAUUUGGUACGUCCGGUUUAACUGAGGAGGAGGUUCAAAGUGGAAUUACAACGACUCAACGACUCAACUCGGGGUAUUAUAAUCACAAUCCUAGUGUUUUUACCCAAAACUACACCAACUCGAUUGACCCAUUUGGAAUGGGUGCUUCAAAUCAGUUAUCAGGAUUUGGGUUUGGAUUCAGGCAGUAAUAAGUUGAUCUAGAAAAGCCGAUUUUGUUUUGAUUAUAAAACAAGAGGAGUAUUUUGAUGUAAAUAUCUUGCAUUCGUUGGGCUAACUUUUGGAGAGACAGAAAGCAAGGAAAAAAUCAUUCUUCUGUCACUUUGAAUUUGCAAUACAAUGCUAAUUUGUAUUAGAAAUUGUUAGUUGUUGGGUAUAAAAUUCAAAAGGACAGAGACGUAUAGGAGAAGAAAAAGAAAUUUUUAAUGUUUGAUUAAUUAUUUUGUUUUUGAAAGUGUAGUAAAAGGGUAAAAGAAAUUGGGUGGUGAAGAUGUCAAAAUUUUUGUCUAGUUUGGUAAAGGAAAUGUAAAAGAUUCAAUGUAUAAUGUGAUGGAAUUUGACAUGUAAAGCCAAAAAAUGAGUAAAGAAAUAUUUGUA